CAUCUCCUGUCCAGCUAAGCUCAUCACAGGACACCUCCAGCGACGAAAAGCGACACCGUUUCAGACCCAUAAAUUGAUAAAAUUAGCGUUCAAAAUUGGAAGAUACGAAGCACAGGCACGCCUUCUCUUCGACUCUCCCCGCAGAAAGAUCAGUUGGAAUGCUUUGAGCCACCUCUCACUCUGAAACAAUUGCAACUUCUUCCUUGAUUUCUCUGACCUAGGGUUUCUAAUGUCUGCACCUUCUCGCGCCCCCUUGGGCUCUCUACCCUCGAUCGCUAACCCUCCCACCUUAGUCUCUCGCGCCACCAACACCGCCUCUACCACUUUCUUCGCUACCCGCCGACCAUGGCGCGAGCUCAUCCAGUUCUCUUCCUUCACGCGCCCUUACUCCUUCGGCGAAGCUAUCCUUCGCAUAAAGCGCAACCUUGUAUACUUCCGCGUGAAUUAUACGAUGAUCAUUCUCUUUAUUCUCUUUCUUAGCCUUCUAUGGCAUCCAUUAUCCAUGAUUGUCUUCUUAAUUGUCUUCGUAGCUUGGUUUUUCCUCUACUUCUUCCGCUCCGAGCCGAUCGUUGUUUUCCACCGCACAAUUGAUGAUCGUGUGGUGCUGAGCGUCCUGGCGGUUGUCACUAUUGUAGCCUUGGUUCUCACUGACGUCUGGUUGAACGUCUUGGUUUCCAUCUUGAUUGGGUUUGCAAUUGUUGUCUUACAUGCUGCAAUUAGAGGCGAUUUGUACUUGGACGAGCAAGAUAUGGGAGAUGGUGGGCUGUUUUCGGUUGUGGGGAGCCCUACGAGAACUGAUUACUCUCGCGUUCCAGGUUUUUCCUCAGCCUAGCGGUCUUGAAUUGGAUGUGUUAUUCUUUUGGAGUUUCAAUUUCGCGAUGGUGAUAUUUUUCGAGCAUGGCAGAGAAUUUGCUCUUUGGAGGCAUAUUGUAGCAACGAUUUUCUCCGGUUAGAUAAUGAAUCUUGAAUUGAUGUUAGUUUAUCCCCCUUUGUAAAUUUGCCAGUGUGAAUUCACUCCAUCCAGGCUUCCUUAAUUCGUGGGAAAAUCAAUAUAUAGCUGUUUUACCUUACCACACAAUGUUUUGUUAGUUCAAGUGUGGUUAAUGAAAGUUGUAUCUUUGUUGCAGAUAAAUGAUUUCUCUGAAUUUUGAAGCUAAGCGUUCAUUUA